AUGAACUGCUUCUCUUGCUGCGCCGCCGCCGUUACGUCUCCUCCGGUGCUUCUCGGCAGGCCGCGGGGGGGUUUAGCUGCUAGCUGCUGCACGAGAACAGAUCAGAAGGUGCUUUUCCUCGGCUCAAAACAGUUUCCACAGAUCACAUACAGCCCAGUAAGCCGUGCGUCGCCACGGUUGUCACGGAGUGAGGUAAUAGCUUUUGCUGGGCAACAACCUUGGGACCUCGGUAGGUUUUUCAAGACAUUGUACUUCUUCAACGGGCCUCCAAACCCUCUCAAGAUUGUAGAAUCUAUCAUCAGCAGUUUCACUGGACCUGCUUCUAGUGAAGCGCCGAAGAAAAUGGAAACAUCGAAUGUGGUGCUGGUUACGGGAGCCACUGGUGGUGUUGGGCGACGGGUGGUCGACAUCCUGCGGAAGAAGGGCGUACCUGUUCGAGUAUUGGCUAGAAAUGGAGACAAGGCAAGGAGCAUGUUGGGGCCGGAUGUAAAUCUGAUCAUAGGAGAUGUUACAAAGGAAGAUACACUUGAUCCUAAGCUCUUCAAAGGGAUAAAAAAAGUAGUCAAUGCAGUCUCUGUCAUAGUGGGGCCAAAGGAAGGUGAUACACCGGACAGGCAGAAGUACAAACAAGGCAUUAAAUUUUUCGAACCUGAGAUCAAGGGACCUUCACCUGAAAUGGUUGAGUACAUCGGAAUGCAAAACUUGAUUAAUGGCAUAAAGAAUAGUGUUGGACUGAGUGAAGGGAAACUGCUUUUGGGCUCAAAGGUCCUUCGUUUCUCAAUAUGCAACUUAUCUGGAAAGAUUGUGUGGGGAGCUCUUGAUGACGUUGUAAUGGGUGGUGUUAGUGAAAGUACAUUCCAAAUCCUGCCAACAGGAAGUGAAAGUAGUGGACCAACUGGGUUGUUCAAAGGAACUGUAUCUACUUCAAAUAACGGUGGGUUUACUAGUAUAAGGACAAAGAAUUUUACUGUGCCAGAGGACCUGUCAGCAUAUGAUGGUAUUGAGUUACGAGUUAAAGGUGAUGGACGACGGUAUAAACUCAUUAUACGGACUAGCUAUGAGUGGGAUACUGUUGGCUAUACAGCAAGUUUUGACACAACUAAGGGGGAAUGGCAAAGUGUUAAAGUACCUUUCUCUUCUCUGAGACCUGUAUUCCGUGCUCGUACUAUGACUGAUGCUCCACCCUUCGAUGCAAGCAACAUUACUUCACUACAACUUAUGUUUAGCAAAUUUGAAUACGAUGGAAUACUCAACCCAACAUUUACUGAAGGUCCAUUUGAGCUUCCUUUUUCGAGUAUUAGAGCAUACAUAAACGAGCCAAUCACUCCAAGGUUCGUUCAUGUGAGUUCUGCAGGAGUUACAAGACCUGAAAGACCGGGGCUAGAUUUAAGCAAACAGCCACCUGCUGUUCGAUUGAACAAAGAGCUUGGUUCCAUUUUAACUUACAAGUUGAAGGGAGAGGAUUUAAUUCGGGAAAGCGGUAUUCCGUACACUAUUGUGCGGCCAUGUGCAUUAACUGAGGAACCGGCUGGAGCCGAUCUCAUCUUUGACCAGGGGGACAACAUUACAGGAAAGAUAUCAAGGGAAGAAGUUGCCCGUAUUUGUGUAGCAGCUCUGGCAAGCCCAAAUGCAGUGGGCAAAACUUUCGAGGUCAAGAGCACUGUUCCAUUUAGCGAACCAUAUGUGAUUGACCCUUCAAAUCCCCCGUCUGAAAAGGACUAUGAAGUAUAUUUCAAAGAACUCAAAGAAGGUAUCACGGGUAAAGAGGCAUUAGAGGCAAUACCUUCUCAAGUUUGA